GGCGCGCUUGCCCUCCCCCGGCCUGCCAUCGCGAUGGCUGCCGCUCGCAGGGUCCAGGUCGACCAGGCGCUCGCGUCUCACGAGGAGCGCUUGGACCGCCUUGAGCGGGCGUCGGCGCGUCACGAGUCCAGCCUCAAGGUUGUCCUCCGCUCGACUGUGCUGGUCUGUGAAGGUUUCACGGUGGCCGACCAGUUCUAUAUGAACAAGCAUGGUCAGCAGCUUUGGAGGGAGCUUCGCGAGGGCUGGCCUGAGGCGGUGUGCUCUGAGGCCGCGCGUCACCUCGGGGUUGCGUGGCCGUUGGAUGAGCCCAUGAGCGGCGUUGUGGAGAGCGAGAGCGCCAGCGCCCUGCGCAGCCUCUGGCGCGUCCUUGCCACGCCCGGCCUAGUGACGGGGGUCUGGGAUCAGAGCAAGUGGAGCGAGGACGGGGCCAACUGGGAGAGAAUCCCUGGCACGUUCGUCACCACGAUGGCCUUCGGCACCGAGUCUUUGCUGGUGGAGAGUGCCUUGCGGCCACUCGACGCCCUGAUGCGUCGGGCGUCAGGGCUGGUUGUGCGGGGCCAGCAGACCCGGAGCCCAGAUGAGCCCGAGCGCCCCAGGGUGCUGCUCUACCUCGAGCGCCCGGAGAACAAGGGGAAGGGCGGCACGGGCGGCAAGGGAGGCGAUGGCGGCAAGAGCGGCGGCAAAGGCAAGAGCAAGGGCAAGGGCUCGAAGGGCUCCUCCAAAGGCAAGAAGGGCGGCAAGGGCGGCAAGGGCGCCGCGGGCGGCCGGGGUGGAGUGGUGCAGGCGGCGGCGCUGAGUCGGCCCAGGCCGUCCGGCCGCGUGCUGGCGCGCCCCGCUGCGGCCGAAGGUGGUGGUGCGGACGAUGGCCCGGCGGCCGCGCCGCCUGGCCCGGCGGGUGGGGCGGAGGCGCCGGGCGCAGCAACGGCGGCCGCGCCUGGCCGCUGAGCGCCUCAGAGGCUGGAGAACUGCAUGAGAAUUCAAUACUGCAUGUGGACUCCUUGCAUGAUCUGAGAAUCCAUAGGACGCAGUGGCUUCGUGAGAGUUGUACGAACUGCAUGAGAUUCCCAAGGAUUUGUACUGCAUGAGAAUUCAAAAUGGCAGUGGAGUCGUGAGACUUGUACGAACUGCUGGAGAUUUGUAUCAGAUGCACGUGGCUGGCUACGCGGCCGACUUGUAUGACUUGUAUGACGUAGUUUACUGCGCCGUGGGAGCUUGGUGGUGUG